AUGCCAGACACCCUCUUCUAUUACCCCCCUCUCUCUCUCCUUUAGGAUGACACUGAGCCCUACUUCAUAGGGAUCUUCUGUUUUGAGUCAGGCAUUAAGAUCCUGGCUCUAGGAUUUGCCUUCCAUAAGAACUCCUACAUAAGGAACGGAUGGAAUGCCAUGGACUUCGUAGUAGUAUGCACAGGGAUUCUGUCUACAGUGGGAUCGGACUUCGAUUUGCGGACUCUGAGAGCGGUCCGUGUGCUGAGACCCCUCAAACUGGUGUCUGGGAUACCCAGCCUCCAGGUGGUCCUCAAGUCCAUCAUGAAGGCUAUGAUUCCACUGCUGCAGAUCGGCCUGUUGCUAUUCUUCGCCAUCCUCAUGUUCGCUAUCAUCGGCCUGGAGUUCUACAUGGGCAAAUUCCAUACUACCUGCUUCGACAUUCACACAGAUGAGAUUCGUGAGGAAGUUCCAUGUGGGACCGAAGCCCCGUCGAGACUAUGUCCAAACGGAACCACGUGUCGAAAGUAUUGGCUGGGGCCUAACUACGGCAUCACCCAGUUUGACAACAUCCUGUUUGCCGUGCUAACAGUCUUCCAAUGUAUUACCAUGGAGGGAUGGACUGACCUGCUCUACUAUAGCAAUGAUGCCUCAGGGAGCGCGUGGAACUGGAUGUACUUCAUUCCCCUCAUCAUCAUCGGCUCUUUCUUCAUGUUGAACCUGGUCCUGGGUGUACUGUCUGGGGAGUUUGCCAAAGAGAGAGAGCGAGUGGAGAACAGGAGUGAGUUUCUAAAGCUGAGGAGACAGCAGCAGAUAGAGAGAGAGCUCAAUGGAUACCUGGAAUGGAUUUGUAAAGCAGAAGAAGUGAUCUUAGCAGACGAUGAAGACCCUGAUGCCUUUGACGGCACCCGCAGGAGACCCACCAUCAAAAACCACAAGAACAAAACAGAUCUCCUUAACCCAGAGGAUGGGAAUGGAGACCUGGCAGUGGGUUCUCCAUUUGCGCGGGCCAGUCUGAAGAGUUCAAAGCUGGAGGGCUCUAACUUCCAUAAGAGGGAGCGUCGUCUGCGUUUCUUCAUCCGACGCAUUGUGAAGACCCCGUAUUUCUACUGGAGUGUACUGUGUCUGGUGGGACUUAACACCAUGUGUGUGGCUGUAGUACACUACGACCAGCCUGAACCACUCUCAGACUUCCUCUACUUUGCAGAGUUCGUCUUCUUGAGUAUCUUCAUGUCUGAGAUGGGUAUAAAGAUUUAUGGACUGGGGUCACAGCCUUACUUUCACUCCUCCUUUAACUGCUUUGACUGCAUUGUAAUAUGUGGCAGCAUAUUCGAGGUGCUGUGGGGUUUUAUCCAGCCUGGGACAUCCUUUGGUAUCAGUGUAUUACGAGCUCUAAGGUUACUGAGAAUCUUCAAAGUCACCAAGUACUGGGCGUCUUUGAGGAACCUGGUUGUAUCUCUGCUCAACUCCAUGAAAUCCAUUAUAAGCCUGCUCUUCCUCCUCUUCCUCUUUAUCGUCGUCUUCGCUCUGUUGGGCAUGCAACUCUUCGGAGGACAGUUUAAUUUUGAAUCUGGCACUCCCCCAACCAACUUUGAUACUUUCCCUGCAGCAAUAAUGACUGUGUUCCAGAUCCUGACUGGAGAAGACUGGAACAUGGUCAUGUAUGAUGGAAUAGAAUCUCAGGGAGGAGUCAACAACGGGAUGGUCUUCUCAGUCUUCUUCAUCGUGCUCACACUUUUCGGCAACUACACUCUGCUGAAUGUGUUUUUGGCCAUUGCUGUGGACAAUCUGGCCAACGCACAGGAACUCACUAAGGGCGAGCAGGAAGAGGAAGCCGCUUCCAAGAAAAAUGUUUUGCAAAAAGCCAAGGAGGUGGCCGAAGUCAGCCCUCAGUCUGCAGCCAACCUGUCCAUAGCGGCUGAGAAAGUAAACAGCACAGGUCACAACGCUUCCGACCCCUUUCUGGACUGUAAGGAGCAGCAGAAGAACAAUAAGGGUGGUAAUAAGUCUGUGUGGGAACAGAGGACCAAGGAGCUGAGGAAACAGACUCUAAUGACCAGCAGAGAGGCCCUCUACAACGAAUUGGACCCAGAGGACCGCUGGAAGGCAAGGAGAGAGGGAGGGAGGGGGGAAGGCUGGAAGGAAAGGAAGGAGAGAGGAGGGAGGGGGGAGGCUGUGAACUACUCCCGCCACAUCCGUCCUGACAUGAAGACCCAUACAGACCGCCCUCUAGUGGUGGACCCCCAGGAGAACCGCAACAACAACACCAACAAGACCACCAAAGAGCCUGAUCCCCGCCUCAGCCAGCAGCACGCUGACGAGCUGGUCCGCAAGCAGACACACGUCCACGAGAGAGGAGGUGGGGGAGGAGGCGGUGGGGGCUCAGGGUCUGGUUCAGGCCCUGGAAGGCCUUACGAUAGGGCAGACUCUACGGAGAGCCGCAGGAGCCGUAAGGAGAGCAAGGAGCACCAGGAGCUCCAACACCACCACUCCUCCCAUACCCGCCUUGAUGCAACAAUGCUGGGACAAAGUGGAGAGGAGAGGCCCCAGAGAAGGCACCACCACCCACGGGGCCAGGUGGGCUCAUCGGAGCACAGGAAACCCCGCCAGCACCGCAUGCCCGAGGACGAAGAGGGGGGAGGUGGAGGUGGUGGAGGAGGAGGAGGAGGAGGGGAAAGGCGACACAAGAGCAGGGGGACAGAAGGAGAAGGCGAGGGGGAGCAAGAAGGGGGUGAUGGAGGUGAGAGGAGGCAGAGACGGCAUCGCCAUGGCACUCAGUCAGGGUGUGAUGGUGAGGGGAAGAGGACGCGGCAACACCGCAGGAAGGAUGGUCCCAACCUGUCCACCACACGGCCCAUCCAGAAGAGCCUCUGUAGACAGGACAGCCAGUACAGCGAGGACAUGGACAAUGUCAUGAACAGUAAAUUGGCCACCAGCCAGCCCCAGCUACCCCCAGGCUCCACCCAGCAGCCCUGCCCAGCCUCGGGUCUCCCCAGCCCAGCCAACCACAAUACUCCAGGCCCAGGCUGCGGCCCUGCAGGCCUCAACACUCACCUGACCAACAGCAGCUCCCACCUGGGCCUAGAUGGAAGCCUGGUUCCUGCAUACGGAAGUAGCACCCGGAUACCGGACCACACGGCAGUGGACAUACCACCCAUGUUUCCUUCCCACAACGCCAUAUUGCAGGUCAAUAAGAAUGCUAACACGGAGCCUCUGCCUAAGAAGGAGGAUAAGGAGGAUGAUGAUGAUGAGAAGGGUGAUGAAGAUGGACCCAAACCAAUGCCUCCCUAUAGCUCCAUGUUCAUCCUCUCUACCACCAACCCGUUCCGGAGACUAUGCCACUACAUUGUGACUCUGAAAUUCUUUGAGUUUGGUAUCCUGUCUACCAUCGCUAUGAGCAGUAUCGCCUUGGCAGCAGAAGACCCCGUCUGGCCAGAAUCACCUCGCAACAAUGUUCUGCGCUACUUUGACUAUGUGUUUACGGGAGUGUUCACCUUUGAGAUGUUGAUUAAGAUGGUGGAUCUGGGCCUGGUGUUGCACCAGGGCUCCUAUUUCCGUGACCUGUGGAACAUCCUGGACUUUAUAGUGGUUAGUGGUGCUCUGGUGGCCUUCGCCUUCACGGGAAGCAGUAAGGGGAAAGACAUCAGCACAAUCAAGUCUCUGAGGGUUCUGAGAGUGUUGCGACCUCUGAAGACUAUCAAGCGUCUUCCAAAGCUCAAGGCUGUGUUUGACUGUGUGGUCAACUCCCUGAAGAACGUCCUGAACAUCCUCAUCGUCUACAUGCUCUUCAUGUUUAUUUUUGCUGUGGUGGCCGUGCAGCUGUUCAAAGGGAGAUUCUUCUACUGCACUGACGAGUCCAAAGAGUUUGAGCGCGAUUGCAGGGGCGAAUAUCUAGUCUAUGAGCGGAAUAAUGAAGUGAAGGCGCAGAAGCGGGAGUGGAAGAAGUACGAUUUCCACUACGACAACGUGCUUUGGGCCCUGCUCACCCUCUUCACCGUGUCUACCGGAGAGGGGUGGCCGCAGGUGCUGAAACAUUCAGUGGAUGCGACCUAUGAGAAUCAGGGCCCGAGCCCGGGGUACCGGAUGGAGAUGUCCAUCUUUUACGUGGUGUACUUCGUGGUCUUCCCCUUCUUCUUCGUCAAUAUCUUCGUAGCUCUCAUCAUCAUCACUUUCCAGGAGCAAGGAGACAAGAUGAUGGAGGAUUACAGUUUAGAGAAAAACGAGAGAGGCUGCAUAGACUUCGCCAUUAAUGCCAAACCGUUGACGCGACACAUGCCUAAGAACAAGCAAAGCUUCCAGUACCGCAUGUGGGAGUUUGUGGUGUCGCCGCCAUUCGAGUAUACAAUCAUGGCUAUGAUCGCGCUCAAUACUAUCGUACUGAUGAUGAAGUAUGACGGAGCCUCUCCGGCCUACGAGGCUGUGCUGGCCAACCUGAACAUCGUGUUCACCUCGCUGUUCUCCAUGGAGUGUGUGCUCAAGAUCAUCGCCUUUGGAGUGCUGAAUUACUUCAAAGAUGCCUGGAACAUUUUUGACUGUGUGACAGUCCUGGGCAGCAUUACAGAUAUUUUAGUGACUGAGCUCGGGAAUAACUUCAUCAACUUGAGUUUCCUGAGACUGUUCAGGGCUGCCAGGCUCAUCAAACUGCUCCGGCAGGGAGAAACCAUCCGCAUCCUGCUCUGGACCUUUGUUCAAUCCUUCAAGGCGCUGCCGUACGUGUGCCUGCUUAUCGGCAUGCUGUUCUUCAUCUAUGCCAUCAUCGGGAUGCAGCUGUUUGGGAACAUAGGGAUGGAGGAGGAAGAGGGGAGCGCCAUCAACGAACACAACAACUUCAGGACUUUCUUCCAAGCUCUCAUGCUGCUCUUCAGGAGUGCCACGGGCGAGGCGUGGCAUGACAUCAUGCUGUCGUGUCUUGGAGGGAAGCUCUGUGAUCCUCUGGCAGGGAACACUGAACCAGAGUGUGGCAGCCAGUUUGCCUACCUCUACUUUGUGUCCUUCAUCUUCUUCUGCUCCUUCCUGAUGCUGAAUCUGUUCGUGGCUGUCAUCAUGGACAACUUUGAGUACCUGACCAGAGACUCCUCCAUCCUCGGCCCACAUCAUCUAGGCGAGUAUGUCAGGAUAUGGGCUGAAUAUGACCAAGCAGCUUGUGGCAGGAUCAGUUGCAGGGAUAUGUAUGACAUGCUCAGGCAUAUGAGCCCUCCGCAGGCUCACUGGGAACAGGUGUCCCAUGGUGGCCUACAUAAGGUCAGGACCCCUAGAACCAGGGGGCAGAUCGCUGUGAGCCUCAGGGGCAGCCAGCAGAACAGCCUGUAG